AUGUCGAAUGCAACAAUGACAUCAAUGGCAGCUGUAACUCUCAAUUUUAUUUCACUGAUUGGAACUAUAUUUAUCGGUCUUAUAUGUAUAUUUAUGCUUAGUGUACUCUUACCAUCAAUUAUACGCAAGCAUAAUUUAGUAUUAAUUUUGAUUGCUAAUAAUUAUUUAGCAUUAUUGGUCUUUGCACUUGUAGCUAU